AUGCUACGGCUAGUCUCUCGAGAGGACACGCCCUCCGCGGCCAAGGAGGCGCUGACGCAGGCGGUGCUGCUGCCGCUCCGCCACCCCGCCUCCUUCGCGGCCGCGCCCCUCCGGCUCCGGUCGGGCGCACUGCUGCACGGCCCUCCCGGCUGCGGCAAGACGUCUCCCCUUCAUCAGCGCGUCUCCGGGCCCGAGCUGCUGGACAAGUACAUCGGCGCGUCCGAGGCGAAGGCGCUCGGCCGCGCGCGCGGCUGCGACUCGACCGGCGUGACGGAUCGCGUGGCCCUCGGCGCCGUGUUUGUGCUCGCAGCCUCCUCGCGCCCCGAGCUGAUCGACCCGGCCCUGCUCCGGCCCGGCCGGAUCGACUUGGCGGUGGCGUGCGGCUUGCCCGACGAGGAGGAGCGGCUGGCCAUCCUCGCCGCCCUCGCGCGCCCGCUCGGGCUGCCGCUCGCCUCACUCCGCCGCCUCGCCGCCAUCGCCGCGGCCACGGCCGGCUACUCGGGCGCCGAGCUGCGCGCGGACGAGAACUCAAACGAAUGGCCAAAUAAAUAA